CCCUCCACCCUGUCCACUCCGCCCAUCACGAUGCCUGGCAGGACAAGACCUAUUGAGAAAUUCGCCGAAGCUGCCGCCAAAUGCUCGCCUGAGGGCGCUGUCUAUGGGAAGUGUGUGGCGGCCAACUAUCAGAACGUCAAGAAGGAUAUGUGUGCCAGAGAGUUUCUCGCGUUGAAAGACUGCUACAUCAAAGCCGCGGGCAGGAAAUCGUAGCAUGCGUGCACUCGGCCCAGUCAUCGCCAACUUGAAUGCUAUAAUAUUCCUAUGCGCCAUGUAUUAAAACUACGAAUAAGCAUCUGCACCAUCAUUCUGGGAUCAAAGUUUGCUUUCUCGUUAGGUAUACAUCUGCGACCUCCGAUAGCACGGCAGGUAUAUCCGCGGCACUUUGGCAGAAAUCUUCAAUCCGACAUCUACACAAACAUGGACCCCGUUGCUGCUGCAACAAAUACGGCCACAGUGAGAGGUCUGCCUAUCGAGAUACUCCUUCGUGUGUUCAGUCAUCUCGCACCUGAUGCCUGCUGCAUCGUUUUAGGAGGUAGACAACGCGACUCGUGAGCCAACACUACGAAGCUUGCGCCGAGGACAUCUUACCAGCUAGCUUUCCAGAUCAGCCUGUACCCCGCGGUUAAAGGCUUCAAAGACGAUUACAUUCAGCCAGGCCCGAAUCAACUCCUUUGCAUCAUUGUCAUAUAGCACCUCGACCAUGUGUCCAAUCUGUCGGAGAUGUCGGCGACUCUCUUUUUUUUGCGCCGGGCAGGCCUUUUUGCCGUGGAUGCUCGGGCAACUCUGCAACAGGCGCAAGCUUCCAGUGGUGUCCUACAACGAGCUUUGCUUGGGUAGAAAGUUACUGAAGCGUCGUACGACUAGGAGGUAGGAGGUACAGGGUAGAAUCUGUUUCGUGGAUCCUGCGCGUGCUAGGUAGGACUCUCGGCACUUUGCGGUUCUCAGAGAGUGGCAGAACUUUAUGGGAGUGACAACGAGCCAAGAUGUCACACUUUCUGCUCAAUUGGCAUUCUAUCUCCAAAGGUCAGCCGCUAUGAAGGCACUGGGAGCCGCCAUAGUGACUGGCGAAGGAGGAGGUAAUGU